ACAAUAUAGCUUGCUGUUUUAGCAUGCCUGGGGCAAGUACUGUGAUAAGAAUAUUAUAUAUACAUACUUACUCUUAUUACUAAAAUACUUUUCUCGCUGAAGGGCUCAAGAGAUGUGUAAAAGAUGCUGUGCUCUGGGGCCAAAAGAACCCGAAACAUCAUCUUAAGUGUGAGUGUGGUCAUCUGUGUCUUUAUAUUCUCCCGAGCUUCUGUACAAAGACUUCUCUUUGGAGCGUGUGCAUGUAGUCCGUGUGUGUCAGACAUCGCUCAUGACACCUGGUUCCAGCAGCGCUACGACCCCUACGCCCAACCCUUACUGACUAAGGACAACUGCAUACUCAGCAAUGCCCUUUAUUGGUGGUGGCAAAAGCUACAAUACAAGAGUAGAGUGAACUACGAAGCAGUAGCUGAGAUGUUAUUUGGCAUCUUCCCGAAUGAAGAAGAUUACUCUGAUGCUAGCCCAGGUCGCUGCAGAACAUGUGCUGUAGUGGGGAAUUCUGGGAACCUCAAUGGAUCCCACUACGGUGUGCUCAUUGAUGACCAUGAUCUUGUCAUUAGGAUAAAUAAGGGCCCAACCGAGGGCUUUGAGCGGGAUGUGGGGACUAAGACCACUCACCGUAUCAUCUACCCUGAGAGCGCCGUGGACAUGGACAACUCCACUCACCUGGUGCUGAUCCCUUUCAAGACUGUGGAUCUGCAGUGGCUCAUCAGCGUCUUCACGACCAAACACAUCAGUCGCAUGCUUCAUCAGUUAUACCAUAAAGACAUCACUUUAUUUCAUCAGUGCCUACUCUCCUGCUUCAGCCUAACGUAUGUUCCAGUGAAACCCAGUAUAAAAGCAAACAGGGAUAAGGUGAUGAUCCUCCAUCCUGGCUUUCUGAAAUAUAUUCAAGAGCGCUGGCUGCAGAAACACGGCCGAUACCCAUCCACUGGUUUUAUUACACUCGUAUUUGCCUUGCACAUCUGUGACCAGGUUAGUGUGUUUGGGUUUGGAGCAGAUGAACAUGGAAACUGGCAUCAUUACUUUGAGCAAAAUAAGCAUCAUCAUAAUGCUGGCAAUCAUGGAGGAAGCUAUGAAUAUAGUAUUGUACUUAAGCUUCAUGAGAAAAAAAGAAUUAAUUUGUAUAAAGGAUGGUGACAAUUGCAGUGAAUUUCUCAUUUAUUAAGAAAUGUAUAACAUUAUGUAUGUUCAAGAUAUCAUGUCACAAACAAAUCAAAGGCUAUGUACAUUAAUGCUCAGUACUAAGAACCUCCUAGAUCAAUACAUUUUUCUCAAAUGCAUUUACAGACUUACUGAUCCAAAGUCAUGUUCUUACGUGAAACGACUUUCAUUAACUGAAAUGUACAUUUUUUAUUUUUUUUUAUUUUUUUUUACCCCAAGUUUGGGGUUUUUGUUAGGGUCCUUGUCAUUACUAGAUAUUAUCUGCAACUCAAUAAGGUUGCACAGGUGAUCCAGUUCCUCAAGGAUGGCACCCAUU